UUAGCUUCCCUGUUCGAAAUUCCAGGCAUGAGGUGCAAGCGGCAAUGGUAUCUUCGAUGAUCUAGGACGAGAGGAAGCUAGUUUCCGAUUGUCCAUUCGUUUACUUUCGAAUCCGAAAUAUGAUUCCUCUUUCCAUGUCUUCGUGUGGCGGAAACCAUUAUCACUCUGAUGACGCCUCUACUUAUUCGCCGGAAAAUCUCCUCCUUUAGUGGUGCUGGUGAUCUCCCCUGGUUUGUAGUUUGGGAGUUGCUUGUUUCGUAGUUCGCCCUCUCAUUUGAUCAUAUUCAAAGAAACUAUGAAGCCUUUGCGGAUGCACUUGGAACUGCACGUACGUUUCGUAUUUGAUAUCGUGUGCUCAAGUUCAAGGAGAUUUAGUAACUCCAGUGGUACCAAAAAGUUCGAUUUCACUGACUUAACUUGUCCUCAUACAUGGUACCCGAAUGCUCGGAAUAAGAAGCGCAAUGUCUUCAUACAUGUGGGUCCAACAAAUAGUGGCAAAACAUACCAUGCCCUCAAGCAAUUAGAAUCAAGUUUAUCAGGAAUAUACUGUGGUCCUUUAAGACUGUUGGCAUGGGAGGUGUCAAAAAGGUUAAAUAAAGCCAAUGUUCCAUGUGACCUGAUUACAGGGCAAGAGAAAGAGGAGAUUGAUGGUGCAAAGCACAAGUCUGUGACUGUUGAAAUGGCUGAUGUCACCUCUGAUUACCAUUGUGCUGUUAUUGAUGAAAUCCAGAUGAUAGGAUGUAGAACAAGGGGAUUUUCAUUCACUCGUGCAUUAUUAGGGAUAUCCGCAGAUGAACUUCACCUUUGUGGAGAUGCUGCUGCUGUUCCUCUUAUUCAGGAAAUACUCAAAGUAACUGGAGAUGUUGUAAAGGUUCAAUACUACGAGAGGCUCUCACCUCUGGUUCCAUCAAAGGUCCCUCUAGGAUCCUUCAACAAUAUACAGACAGGAGAUUGUAUAGUAACAUUUUCAAGGCAAGGGAUAUACAGACUAAAGAAAGAAAUUGAGAGUGGGGGAAAGCAUCUCUCUUCUGUGGUUUAUGGUUCACUGCCACCAGAGACACGAACAAGACAGGCAACAAUGUUCAAUGAUGAAAGUAGUGAAUUUGAUGUUCUUGUGGCAAGUGAUGCCAUUGGAAUGGGUCUAAAUUUAAACAUUUCAAGAAUUAUAUUUUCAACAUUGAAGAAGUUUGAUGGAGUAGAACAUCGGGAUCUUUCCAUACCAGAAAUCAAACAAAUUGCAGGGAGGGCUGGCAGGUAUGGAUCAAAAUUUCCUUCUGGAGAAGUGACAUGCAUAGAUGCAGAUGAUCUACCUUUACUUCAUUCGGCAUUGGAGUCACCUUCUCCAACGUUAGAGCAUGCUGGCUUAUUUCCUACGUUCGAUCUCUUGUUCUUAUAUUCACGUUUAUAUCCAACAAUGGGCUUCCACCAGAUACUGGAACAGUUUCUGGACAAUGCAAAGUUAUCUUCAAAUUAUUUCAUUGCUGACUGUGAAGAAAUGUUGAAGGUUGCUGCUGUUAUUGAUGAGUUGCCUCUUGGAUUGCAUGAUAAGUACCUUUUCUGCAUAAGCCCAACUGACAUGAACGAUGACAUCUCAUCUCAGGGCCUUAUACAGUUUGCACAAACCUAUGCAAGGAAGGGCAUUGUUCGACUUCGAGAAAUAUUUACACCUGGGACACUCAAGGUGCCAAAAACACAAACCGCACUCAAAGAGCUUGAAUCAGUUCACAAGGUCUUGGAUCUUUAUGUCUGGUUGAGUUUUCGACUGGAGGAUUCAUUCCCAGACAGUGAGCUGGCUUCGUCGCAGAAAUCCAUCUGUAGUCUGUUGAUUGAAGAGUUCUUGGAGAGACUGGGAUGGGAAAGGCCAAGGGCAAGAAGGUUUCCCCGUCAUACUAACUCAAGAUCUCUACUUUCAAAGGAAAUCAGGCGUUAUCUAUAGAAUAAUAAUCACUUCCCAUCCAAGUGCAAGAAGGUUUCUCCAUCGUACUAACUUAAGAUCUCUGCUUUCAAAGGAAAUCAGGGAUUAUCUAUAAAAGAAUAAUCUCACACCCCGGUGUGCAAAAAUACACGCAUGUACACUUCCCCAUGGGAAUUCAUUCUUUAUAUUUUUCAAGGAUAGCCCAGAUUUAUCUGGUAGUAUCAUUCUUCAACCAAAUGCUGGUAGUUGUUUAGUAUGUGUUCCAAUUAAUUUAUUUUGUUCAACUCCUUCCCAAAGGUGAUUUGAUUUGUUUCAUGUACAUUCUCCAGCAGUCUAAAAAGAAAGUGUACAAAUUACGUAUUACGCAGAUGCGGUCUGGACUUCCGGGUUUAUAACAUUACGUGGUGUAUUGAAUCAAAAUUAUCAGGUAUCAGAUCUAAGGGUUGCAGAUGUUAAUUGUUUUUUA